AGCAAGGAAGCUGAUGCAACUCGGCAAAAGCCUGUCGGUAAGCAGGUGAAUGAGGGGAGUAUUGUGGUGUCCGCGGACAGGGAAGAUGAAGUGAAAAAGACUUCGCGACUAGGCUGCUCGGGAGCUCCGAUUUCCUCUCCUGCCGUAGACAGUGGAGUGAGUCUCCAGAUUAUUGUUGCUUGGAGAGCAGCUGCUGGCACAAUGGGGCACGAACUGACUGUGCAGGAGAAGUAUCAUCUGAUCACCCGGAAUUUGCAGGAAGUGCUUGGAGAGGAUAAGCUGAAGGCCAUUUUGAAAGAGCGUGAGCUGAAGAUCUACUGGGGGACAGCCACAACGGGGAAGCCUCACAUAGCUUACUUUGUUCCUAUGUCCAAGAUUGCAGACUUCCUCAAAGCUGGAUGUGAGGUGACGAUCCUGUUUGCUGAUCUCCAUGCCUACCUGGACAACAUGAAGGCCCCCUGGGAGCUUCUGGAACUACGUACCCAGUAUUAUGAGAAUGUGAUCAAGGCAAUGCUGGAGAGCAUUGGAGUGCCUCUUGAGAAGCUCCGAUUUGUUCGUGGGACCGACUAUCAGCUCAGCAAGGAGUACACGCUGGACGUUUACCGCCUGUCCUCUGUCGUCACCCAGCAUGAUGCUAAGAAAGCAGGUGCAGAGGUGGUGAAGCAAGUGGAGCAUCCGCUGCUGAGUGGCCUCCUCUAUCCAGGACUGCAGGCACUGGAUGAAGAGUAUUUGAAAGUUGAUGCACAGUUUGGAGGAGUGGACCAGAGAAAAAUUUUCACCUUUGCAGAAAAGUGCCUCCCAUCCCUGGGCUAUGCCAAACGCAUCCAUUUGAUGAACCCGAUGGUGCCUGGGCUGACCGGCAGCAAGAUGAGCUCUUCAGAGGAGGAGUCCAAGAUUGAUCUCUUGGACCGUAAGGAAGAUGUGAAAAAGAAGCUGAAGAAAGCUUUUUGUGAGCCAGGGAAUGUGGAAAACAACGGCGUCUUGUCCUUCAUCAAACACGUGCUCUUUCCACUCAAAUCAGAGUUCGUCAUCCUGAGGGAUGAGAAAUGGGGAGGGAACAAAACCUACACAGACUAUGGGGAGCUGGAGAAGGAGUUUGCUAUUGAGAUUGUCCAUCCUGGAGACCUGAAGAACUCUGUUGAAGUGGCUUUGAACAAGCUCCUGGAGCCUAUCCGGGAAAAGUUCAACAGCCCCCAAAUGAAGAAACUGGCCAGCUCUGCAUACCCUGAUCCCUCCAAAGCUAAGCCUGCCAUCAAGGGCCCUGUGAAGAACUCUGAUCCUGAGGAGGUGGUGCCUUCCCGGGUGGACCUCCGUGUGGGAAAGGUGCUCAGCGUGGAGAAGCAUCCUGAUGCAGAUGCCCUGUAUGUGGAGAAGAUUGAUGUGGGGGAGCCUGAACCACGCACUGUGGUCAGUGGCCUGGUGGAAUUCGUGCCCAAAGAAGAGCUCCAGGAUAGGCUGGUGGUGGUGGUGUGUAACAUGAAGCCUCAGAAGAUGAGAGGGGUGGAAUCCCAAGCCAUGCUGCUCUGUGCCUGCAGCAGCGGGGAACCUUCCCAAAUAGAGCCCCUGGACCCCCCAGCAGGCUCCUGUCCCGGGGAGCAUGUGUUUGUGGAGGGCUACGAGAGUGUCCAGCCAGAUGAUGAGCUGAAGCCCAAGAAGAAGGUCUUUGAGAAGUUGCAGGUAAGGAGGUCCUCAGUGCUGGACACCCGAAUUUCUAAGGACAGCACAGCUCAGUGGAAGGGAAAGAACUUCAUGACCAAACUGGGGAACAUCUCAUGCAAAACCCUGACAUGCGGCAGCAUCCGCUAAGACUUUUUGCCUGCCCCUUUCACCUGUUCCCUGCCUCUUGCUGUCCAUCGAUCACCCUACCCAUUGAAGGAUUAAAUUACCGUCCAUCAGUCAACCACAGCUCUUCCUUGGUGUUCCCAGCCAGAGGGUCCCUGCCAAGCUGCAUCAGAUCUGUGGAAAUUUAUGGCUUUGAUGUCAACAGAAAGUGAUUGGGGGCACACAGAUGGAACCCUGUUAAAAACGAGUAUGUCUAAAGAAAGGAGGCACUGUAUUUUCUGGACUGUGGGGGCUAAGGGAAAUCUUCCCCCUUAAAGUAUUCUAGAAAGGGGGGGGAAGGGGGUGAAGAAGUAGAGAGACUUCCCAGCCCUUUAGUGAACAAGCGGUGACAGGAGUGGAGGUGUAUGGUCAUCUGUCUUCAUUUGUGCUCCGUCCUGGCUAUAGAGCAGCUGCUUCCUUCCUCUUUUAAGUUGCUGCUGCUGUCUAGCUUGAACCCAGGCUGGCAGAUCAAGAAGGGGAGAAUCUCUGUUUAGCAGUGGUUUGGAUUUCUCCAUGAUAAAUGCCAAAUUAUAAGUAAUUUAUUGUUAUCUUCCAAUAAAAUGCCACACCACAACUUCUUGUCUUUCAGUAGAGCUCACUUGGCUUAACAGGGCUUGUAGCCUUCUGUGAUGGCUAACUAGUUUCUAAGGAAGCGGUCUCAAGAUCGUUCUAUUAGGACCA